GUCAGCAACUAUCGGUUAGCUCGCUCGUACGCUAGCGUUAGCCGGUGAGCUAACCGUACGAGUACCGUUUUGCGUUUGGACGGUAACGGUUGUAACGGUUGUAACGGUCGUAACGGUCGCUAUCAACGGCUCCGGUAUCAGGAAAGAUGACUGCUGCAAUGUCUGAUCCGACUCUAGAGAGACAUUUCAAGGGUCACAGGGAUGCUGUGACAGGUGUGGACUUCAGCUCCAACAUGAAACAGAUCGCCACAGGCUCAAUGGACUCCUGUGUGAUGAUUUGGAACAUGAAACCUCAGAUGCGAGCUUAUCGUUUUGAUGGACACAAAGAUGCUGUCACUUUUGUUCAGUUUUCUCCCUCUGGCCACCUGGUGGCCUCCGCCUCCAGAGACAAGACUGUACGUCUUUGGGUGCCCAGCAUGAAGGCUGAGUCAACAGCGUUCAGGGCUCACACUGCCACCGUGCGCAGCGUUAACUUCUCCAGUGACGGACAAACUCUGGUCACAGCCUCUGACGACAAGACCAUCAAAGUGUGGACUGUCCACAGGCAAAAGUUCCUCUUCUCUCUCAACCAGCACAUCAACUGGGUCCGCUGUGCCAAGUUUUCUCCAGAUGAUCGUUUGAUUGUGUCCUCCAGUGAUGAUAAGACCAUAAAGCUGUGGGACAAGAAUAGCAGAGACUGUAUUCAUUCUUUCUAUGAACAUGCUGGUUAUGCAAACCAUGUGGACUUCCAUCCCAGUGGGACAUGUAUCGCUGCCUCCAGUACUGACAACUCUGUCAAAGUAUGGGACAUCAGAUCCCAUAAGAUGCUACAGCACUAUCAAGUCCACAGUGGGGUGGUGAACAGCUUGUCUUUCCACCCAGCUGGUAAUUUCCUCAUCACUGCAUCCAGCGAUUCCACAAUGAAGAUACUGGACCUUGUAGAGGGCAAGCUACUGUAUACACUGCACGGACACCAGGGUCCAGUGACCUGUGUGGCCUUCUCCAGGACAGGAGAGUACUUUGCGUCUGGAGGCUCUGAUGAACAGGUAAUGGUGUGGAAGAGCAACUUUGACUUGGCUGACUGCAGUGAUGGUGUCAGGAUGCAGCAUAAAACCACUUCCAGCUUGCAGACACCACCAGCCAGCUCCACGGCUCACCCUCCCUGUAGCUCACAUCCAUCUGUACUCCGCAGCCAGGCUUCUGGACCAUCAGAACAUUUUAACGGACAUGACUCCCACACUGCUGCCCGCACUCAGACCAGCAGUCGCAGUGGCAGCCACAGCAGAGCGACUCAUUCCCACACCUACAGAAACCCCAGCACCAGCUCCGCUUCCACCCACCAGACACAGACCCAGGGCUUAUCACAGCAUUCACCCCAGGUUCAAACACAGUCCCAGGCCUUAGAUGGAGGCGUCCCCCCUGGUCUAGCCAGCACCCUGGAACACAUAAUAGGUCAACUGGAUAUUCUCACUCAGACGGUUUCGAUCUUGGAGCAGCGGCUGACGCUGACAGAGGACAAGCUCAAAGAGUGUUUGGAGAACCAGAUGGAGAUCGGUCUGCAUCUUCAGAGAAGAGAGGAGGCCUAAAGAUGGCGGCAUCAGAGAGAGGUUGAGCUGGGGUGUGAGGGAUGUGAGGUCAAUCAGCACCAUUAACGGAAACACAUGUACAGUGCUCUCUCGCUGCUGUUAGAUCGCACUUGAAACGUGCAAUCUCACACGCGGUGACACAUUUACACGUUUACAUUUACAAGUGUUGACCCGCACCGUUUUCCUGACGGGACUUUAAACGCACACUGACCCUCACUGCUCAGAGAUAUCAGAAGUGAAGGAGUUGAAUAUUAGAGAAGUUGUUCCUCUACAACAGUGCUGAGAGCGCAGUCCCUUUUCUGCUGACGAAGGAUCUGCUACUAGUCACUUUGGUGCGUGUGUGUGUGUGUAUGUGUGUAGACACAUGCAAGAGGCUUUCAUACCUGCCUAUGCACUGCACGUGGGGAUAUUUUAACUCUAUUUUUGAGUGCAGGCUUGUGCUAAAUGGCAUCAGUAAAAUGUUCUUUACAACCAAAAAUGUACAGAGGGCACAGUGGCUGUUUGCACUCAGGUCAGUAAAAGAAUUUAGUUUAAAAAAAGAAGCUCAUUGGAAAAGUAAUUAAAACAAGAACCUUUGUUUAAAGCCUCAAUUUGACCUUAUUCACGACGAUUGUUGUCCACAAAUGCUUCAUUUUUGUUCACCUGCCAUCAUUAGUAGAAGCACUGAUGAGUUUUAAAUCAACUACUGCACAGCCAUUACAGUGCCUUUUUUGUGUCUUACAUGAAGAAACGUGAUGUCCAGAUUAGUACAUUUUAAACUGUUUUUAAAGAAUAAGAAUAAGUGAUUUUCUAUAUUUUUCUUACUAUCAACAAAUCCGGUGAAAAUACCAAAAACCAACAAUGAAUUGGCCCUCAUAACGAUAUUGUCUGUGUAGCUGAAGAAUUUCCCUGUGCCAUUAACCUCCAUUGUUCAGAUUCUUUGUUCAAAAUGUCCCUUCAUUACGUCAAUCAUACACAUAUUGCUGCCGUGAAUACUUGGGAUUUGAUACGCCAGAUUGGUAUCUGCACCAACAUUGACCUCAUUUAGCUGAUUGUGUAUCGGCCAUGACAUAACUGAUCCACAAUAAAUACAGUUUCUUUGCCAGUAUAAUUAUAAAAAUGAAGCGUUUCCCAUAUCAGUUACAUUCCUCCUGUCACGGUAGGCUGACGACUCAAGUUUUCUAGCGUUGCUUGUAAAUGUUGAUAAAGAGAGCGAUGGCAUUGGACCUUAAAUCACUCACUAGUGUAGCAAAUGAGUCUUCAACUAUUUUUUUAUGUCCUUCUCAUUGGAUUGUUGAUAAUGACAAAAAUGUAAAGUAACAGCAGUCUUACACUUUUAGUUCGAAUGAUUGGGCUGAUUGUUAUUACUGCAGUUUGAAAGGGUCUUGUUCUGUCCCUUUGCAUCCUUUUGUCUAAAGCUUUUAUACACUGAAAGUAACUUAUUGUGUACCUUCUUAAUAAAUGUUUUCCACUCUUA